GCAAGAGCCACAGUCUGUGCAAGGGCUUUCAGGCCUCUGUUACUUGAGUGGUAACUGUUCCUUGGCUGAGUGGGAUGUUGCAGUACUUGUUUUUCUCUAUCUGCUUCAUCAUCCAGUUGCAGCCAGUGUCUUCGAUGGCCCUGGACCCCUGCUCUGCCUACAUCAGCCUGAACGAGCCCUGGAGGAACACAGAUCAUCAGAUAAACGGUUCCCAUGGCCAGCCAACAUGCGACAGUCAAAUCGACGGGGAAUGGUAUCGCUUCACUGGCAUGGCUGGCGAUGCUAUGCCUACCUUCUGCAUCCCGGAGAACCACUGUGGCACCCAUGCUCCCAUUUGGCUGAAUGGCAGCCACCCGCGAGAGUCAGAUGGCAUCGUCCCACGCCAGGCCUGUGCCAGCUUCAAUGGGAACUGCUGCCUUUGGAAUACCACGAUUGACGUCAAGGCGUGUCCGGGCGGGUACUACGUGUAUCACUUAACCAAGCCUAGCGUUUGUUUCCAUGCAUACUGUGGGCAUUUUUAUGACAUCUGUGAUGUGGUGGAUUGCCAGGACUCCUGCCUGGACACCAGUGACUGCACGUGUUCCCUGGGGACAACACUAGGACCAGAUGGACAGACAUGUCUUGAUGAAAAUGAAUGUGAGCAGAACAAUGGAGGCUGCAGUGAAUUUUGUGUUAACCUGAAGAACUCCUACCGCUGCGAGUGUGGGAUCGGGCGCACACUGGGAAGUGACGGGAAAACCUGUGAAGAAAUUGAAGGCUGUCACAAUAACAAUGGAGGCUGCAGCCAUACCUGUAUUGAAGUGGAAGACACAUACCAAUGUGAAUGUCCGAGGGGACUUGUUCUGUCAGAAGACAACCACACUUGCCAAGUGCCAGUGCUGUGCAAGUCCAGCUCUAUUGAGGUGAGCAUCCCAAAGGAUCUGGUUGGAGGCCUGGACCUUUCCCUCAUCAACACUUCCUGCAAAGGAGUAUCCAAUGGCACUCACGUCAACAUCCAUUUCUCCUUGAAGUCCUGCGGCACUGUUGUAGAUGUAAUAAAUGACAAAAUCAUCGCCACCAAUCUGGUGACUGGCUUACCAAAGCAGACUCCAGGAAGCAAUGGGGACAUCAUUGUCCGCACCAGCAAGCUGCUGAUCCCGGUGACCUGUGAGUUCCCACGCCGGUAUACCAUCUCCGAAGGUUAUGUGCCCAACCUCAAGAACUCACCCUUGGAAAUCAUGAGCCGCAACCAGGGCAUCUUUCCCUUCACUCUUGAGAUCUUCAAAGACAAAGACUUCGAUGAACCCUACAGGGGUGCGCUUCCCACCCUCAAGCUUCGGGACUCUCUGUACUUUGGGAUUGAACCCUUGGUACACGUCAAUGGACUAGAGACACUGGUAGAGAGCUGCUUUGCCACUCCCACCUCAAAAAUUGAUGAGAUCCUGAAGUACUACCUGAUUCAAGAUGGCUGCGUUUCUGAUGAUUCGGUGAAACAGUACACGUCAAAGGACCAUCUUGCCAAGCAUUUCCAGGUUCCUGUGUUCAAGUUUGUGGGCAAAGACAACAAGGAGGUGUUCUUGCAUUGCCGCAUCCUCGUGUGCGGGGCACUAGACGAGAGCUCUCGCUGCGCCCAGGGCUGCCGGAGACGGGUGCGCAGAACGGCUGCGAUGGAGAAGGAGGAGGAGCAAUCUGGUCACAUGGCAAACCGCAUCCUGACAGGCGGCCCCAUCAGAAUCGACUUUGAUGACUAA